CACUUUUUACAUCCCUGCUUACGUUUGGCUGGCAUAGCCUAAUUUCCGCAUUCCCAAAUCCUCCCAGAUUUGGAGCACAUUUAAAAAUCGAGCUGAUGCAACGAUUUCCACUUUUUAAAAUCUACUCUCGACCCUCAGCUGACCAGAAGAAAGGACAUUUGUUGCACCUGGGAUCAAAGUCAGCUGUGGUCACACCUCAGUCUGACACAAUGCCAGGACAAAUCCCAGAUCCUUCUGUGACAGCAGGCUCUUUGCCCAGCCUCGGCCCACUGGCCGGGAUCUCAGCCACCACACUGACAGACAAGCUCAAGUAUGGUGACCUCCAGGAGUUUGGGACUUUUUUUUCUCCUCUGCACAUCCUGGGCAGCCUUGGAAAGAGACCUCUAGUCAUCAAAUCAGAAAGAGAUGAGGAAGAAGAACGAAGGAAAAGGCGGCGAGAAAAAAACAAAGUAGCAGCUGCUCGGUGUCGAAACAAAAAGAAGGAAAGAACAGAUUAUCUACAAAAAGAAUCCGAGAGGCUGGAGAUGCUAAAUUCUGAAUUGAAAGCCCAGAUUGAGGAGUUGAAACUGGAACGACAGCAGCUGAUUCUAAUGCUGAACCGCCACCGUCCAACAUGUAUAGUGAGGACAGACAGUGUGAAAACUCCAGAGAGCGAGGUGAACCCUAUACUGAACCAGUUGGAGGCCAAGUGAACAUUUACAGAGGGAAGGAAAAGCCAACCACCAGCAAUUAGCUUUGAGCUGUAUAAGAACUACACAAGCACUUAUAAAUGGAUCCAAAGAGUUUAUACUGACUGACUGGACAAAUGUAAACUUUCUGUAAUCGGUCUUGAUACUGAGUGGGUAAGUGGUAUAAGGACAAAACAAACUGGGCCGUACUUUUAAAAAUACGUUGUUUACUUUGAUAACUAAUUGAUGCAGAAUACCUUGCAAAGAUACUUUGGCAUCUCUUCAAUCUUGCACUUGAGAGUAAUUCAACUUAAGCUAGUUUGUUAAAAAAAAAAAAAAAAUUAAGGAAGAAAUGUUAUUACAUUUGUAAAAGCACACUUACUCAUGUAGUCAGAGAGAUCUGAAUAUUUGGUGACUACACUCAUACCAUUUCUGUUGUUUGGCGCAGGCGUCACAUAUGCACAUAUCUAUAUGUAUAUAUAUAUAUAUAUAUAUAUAUGUAAAUGUUUACAAAUAUACAGUUUGUUUUUGUUAUACAAUUUAUAUUGUUAGUUAUGUUUUUUAUACUUUUGUAUAUGGCUUCACCAGCAUCAAGCCAUCAAAUAAAUAUUUUGUAUCUCCCUCUCCUAA